AUGCUGCUGAUCCUCGGCCUCCUGGUCUUGGUGCCCUGCCUGGCUCUCCUAACCUCCUUCCUCCUCUCUCCAGGAGGCAAAAGCGGUGGCACCAAGAAGAAUGACGGCGUCCAGAAAAGAAAGUCCAGUUCCAGCGUUCAGUUAAUGGAAUCGUCGGAGAGCACCAACACCACCAUCGAGGAUGAAGACACCAAAGUACGGAAGCAAGAAAUCAUUAAAGUCACAGAGCAGCUGAUUGAAGCAAUAAGCAACGGCGACUUUGAGUCCUACACGAAGAUGUGCGACCCUGGGAUGACUGCCUUCGAGCCCGAGGCUCUGGGCAACCUCGUGGAAGGCCUGGAUUUCCACCGAUUCUACUUUGAAAACUUGUGGUCCCGAAACAGCAAGCCCGUGCACACGACGAUCCUGAACCCCCACAUCCACCUGAUGGGGGAUGAGUCCGCCUGCAUCGCCUACAUCCGCAUCACGCAGUAUGUGGACACAGGAGGGAUCCCCCGCACCGCCCAGUCCGAGGAGACCCGCAUCUGGCACCGCCGGGAUGGCAAAUGGCAAAUCGUCCACUUCCACAGAUCCGGCGCGCCCUCUGUCCUACCGCAGUAAGCCCUCUGAAGUGCGGUCCUGCCUGUGUGGGGUUUGUCACUGACUGACUACCAAGGGGAGACCUCCUCCAACAUCUUCACCUAUGGGACUUUGGCUGUUGGCUCUGCUGCUUGGUUCCUGCUGGAAUAACCCCUUGCUUCUCAUUGCACACACACAACGACCCUGCCGGCACUGCGCAAGCAUCCCAUCGACACCCCCCCAUCCCACCGGGGCCAGGGCACUGGGCCCCCUUCCUCUGCAUGAA